GGCGUGCACCGUGCCAUCAAACAGAUCGAUACUACCGAGUGCAUUUUGAGCUCGCGGACCAAGACACGCGCUGGGGAAAAAAAAAAAAAAAAACAUCAGCUAAUUAACGAGACGAGCCCGUCGUCUGUGUAGAGGGUUGCAGUGAACACUUACGACGUGUUUUGCCCCCCCACCGGGACGGUCCCUGCUGCGGCUCUCCAUCAGAUGCCACCUGGAACCAUCAAAGGCGCCGUGCAGGAUGCGCUGGAGGACCUCACCAAGAGCCAGCUGGACAAGUUCCGCUCCGCGCUGCUGGACCGCGGGGGCAAGACGAGAGUCCGACGCGGCUCCGUGGACGGAAAAGACUUUAUGGACAUCACAGACGCUUUGGUUUCUACCUUCACUGAGCCCGGUGCGCUCAGAGUGACGAAAAAACUACUGAAACUCAUUGGCUGCAACAAAGAGGCACAGGACCUCGAUUUGCAAACCAGAUCCUUACUUGACAAGUCCAGCUGCCCUCCAUGUAAAAAUGGGAGCCCAAGAGGGAAGCAGAGCAAGCCCUCACAGGAGGCUGCGAGCCGUGUGGGCAGCCUGAGGCCCCGAAGAGGCAAGGCCACAGGACCCCGUGUGGGGGCCGAGAAGCCAGAGGAGGCUGCCGUGACUCACCCCCUGGUUGCCCACCCUGCCCUCAAGAGAGAUGCCAGGUCUCACCAGGAGUCUGAUGAAGCCGAGGUCAGAGCCCUCCAGCCGGGACAGCAGUUGAUUUCCUUUUCUAAAUGUCAAACUAACACAGUGCACAGUCUCUAUGAGUCUGAAGACGAGGGCGAAAUCAGCUUUAUGAGCUACCGCCAGAGGAUGAUUGCCAACCAGGCUACCAAAAGGGACGAUGCCAUCAACUACAUGUGGAACCGUGACCAGGAGGAGAACACUGCUGCUGCUGAUGGUGCCGCUGCUGAUGAAGGUGCUGCCGCUGCCGAUGCUGCUGCCACCAGCCCAGACGCCAUGCAGCUGGCACGAAAUGAGUACCAGCCACCAAAGUGGAAAAAAUCAAUUUGGUGGAUUUUAGCAGCUUGCUUGGGUAUUGAGGGCUAAGUAUUGUUUUUCACUCCUCUUUAGGCAAAGCGAGGCCAUUCAGAGUGCUUUACAGAGCAAAUUUCAGGGAAAA